AUGCAUGCAUGCUACUUAUUCAAGGAACCAACAGAUCCAGAAACGUUUCCUGAUUAUUUAAAGAAAAUUAAGAACCCUAUUGAUCUUUCAACAAUAAAACAAAAACUACAACAAUUCGAAUAUACAACUAUUGACGGUUGGUACAACGAUAUGAUUUUAGUUUUCAAAAAUUGCAUUUUAUAUAACGGGCGAGAUACAGUUAUUGGAGAACUUACAGCAUAUGCAAUGACUGUGUUCAAAAAGAAAUGUAUUUUCCUUAUUUGUCCAAAUGCAAAUGAAUGGUCUUAUAGAAUAACGAAAUACCGCAACAAAUUAGACCAGUUGAUGCAAGAAGCUCCUAAAAUAGUUACGAAAUCACUAAAGAAUGUUUCACUACCUAAUGUUACCAUAGAAAAUCACGAAGAUCUUGCUUAUAAUUUAAGUUCCCUUCAAUCGAAAACAGAUGUUUGUGUUAUGUCACAGAUUCUUGCACAGUACGAUAUUAAAGUUGAUGGAUCAAAACAAGAUACUGCUUUUGUAGAAUUAUCCAAUUUACCUGCAGCUGCCAUCAAAGUUCUGACGAGAUAUGCUCAGGAAAGAGGCUUUGUUGAUUGA